AUGUCACCAGAGGUCACAUUUAAGGUGAAAGAAGACAUUAAAAGGUUAAUUAAGGCUGGCUUCAUCGGGAUAGCUCGAUAUGUAGAGUGGUUAUCUAAUGUAGUCCGAGUAAUGAAGAAGAAUGAAAAGCUCGAAGUAUGUAUUGAUUUCCAAAAUUUGAAUUUGGCUAUACCUAUGCCCAUGGUUGAUUUACUUGUGGAUGGGGCUGCCAAGCAUAUUUUCAUUGCAGAAGAAGAUGUGCCAAAGACAUCUUUUAGGUGCCUAGGUGCGAUAGGAACAUUUGAAUGGGUCAUCAUAUUGUUCAGUCCGAAGAAUGUAGGAGCUACAUGCCAGAGAGCUAUGAAUGCAAUCUUCCAUGCUAUGAUUGGGCAUCUUUUGAAUGUCUAUAUUGAUGAUGUCAUAGUGAAGUCGGAUGCCAUGAAAGAUCAUGUGGUUUAUUUGAGAAAGGCAUUCGAGCAGAUGAAUGAAACACAAUUGAAGAUGAAUCCCCUGAAAUGUGCAUUUGGUGUCUUUGUAUGUGUCCCAAAAAGCACUAAAAGGGAAAAAGACAUAACUUCAAUUUUGGAAAGUGAGAUGGAUCCAGUAGAGAUAACUUCAAUUUUCCUUACACCUUGGAAAUUGAGUUUCGAUGGAUCACAGACACAAACUUUGGUAAGGGUCGAAUAUGAAGCUUUGAUCAUCGACUUGGAAAUUUUGAAAGAACUGGGAGUCUACAGUGGAAAUAAUUGA